UAAAAAGACAACAGACUUAGUGUAUGAUUGUGUUGUUUUGAAAAGCUAAUGCUUUAAAUACAAAAAUAAAUCGGUUAAGUUUUAAUUUGUAUUGAGCUUGUGGUGUUAGGAGUUGCGUCAAAAUAAGAUAAAUAUGAUUCGAUUCGAUAAUAAAUGUAAAGUUGGUUAGUUAAAUUCGACAGUCGGUUGUUUAGCUCGUCCUAAACGACUCAUCAAAAAAAUGAACAAUCGCAGUAGUGCUAACGAAAGGAAUUUGGUGAAAUUUUCGACAGAAAUGUCCACGGUUACCCGGCUGGAUUCGAAAGACGGCUUGCUGAGUUUUCCGUUCGAUCACAUUUACGCGUGUCAGACAUCAGAUAACUCGAAUCAGACAAGUACUAUAGAAGUGGAAAAAGAAGUAGAAAUCAGUACUCACUGCAUUAUCAGUGAGGACAAUAACCAGCAUAAUCUUACCGAGAUCACAAAUCUUCAAAGCCAACUGCAUGAUUUUGAGAAUCAAAACAAACAACUUAAAGAUUUAUUGAACUCCCACCUGGAUAUGAUACAACAACAAAAUGAACUAAUUACAAGAAAGGAUAAGUUGUAUCAAUCAUUGAGGCAGGAAAAUGACACAUUGAAAGCAGAGUUGAUACGCGAAGAGCAUGGCGUAUCCAUCAGUGCUCGAACAAAAGCAUUGAAUGCGGCAUACCACAAAAAUCUUCAAGCGACUUCCACAGUCACAUCCUCUACACCGAAGCUCACUACUUCACAGAUUCUCUUUAAGAAUUUUCCGGAACUUAUGCAACCAAGUAGCUCAGGAGGGACACAAUCCACCGGAAUCGAUCAGUUUCAAGAAACUUUCGGCAUUGCUCGCAUCUCAUCUGAACCAGAACCAGAGGUGAAACCAAGCUUUACUAUGGGCACGGCAGCGAGAACGCAGGCAAUCGAGUGCAAAAAGUCUCGCAGGAGUGAGAGAGUGGCGGCAGAGCGGCAGACCCAAGAGAAUACAGCCAUUCCUGGAACAAGUUCGAUGUACUCUGCCAGCGGAAGUUCAAGCACCCAACGCGGACGAAAGACAAAACGGCGCUCGUCCAGUGAAACUAGUGGACAAAAAGACAACGCCAUCAAACGUCGAUCCGCGGGCCGCACUAGCAGAAGAUCCAAACGAAGGCGAACGGCGUCGAUAAAUACAACAAUCGCACACAGCCCACCAAGCAUUUAUACCGGUUCCUUGUCAUCUAGACUCCAGCUUAUCGAGCCCACGCCCACUGGCGAAGACCCUUACCAAUUGGGUGAGGCUGAUAUGAGAGAACAGUCGCCGAUACCAAAACUGGUACUUAGUAAGUCUUCGUAUCGGCAGAGUCGUCGCGAGCCCCCCAAAGUGAAUAAGGAACCGGAACGCGAGCGGUUCAUAUUACCUCUAUUUGACGAGCGUAAUGUUGAGACAGCGAUUCUUGAUGACCCGGAUGUUGAUAUCAUCAAAACAGAAACAGAUAUAGAUUGGCAGAAUAACGCCGACGACGACCUCUGCGGCUUCCCAAACAGUAUUGGCGAUAAUUUUUCUUCAAUGCCAUCGCUUGAUACUGAUUUCCAGAAUCUGUUUGAGUUUGAAAAUCUGGAUACACUACAGGAGCUAGACUGUCCGCCGCUGUCGCCGACCUUAGCAAGGAACUUGGACUGUCAAGGUCACUUUGCCAUGAUGGAUGAGGAACCGCCCGUCGCAGGGGACCUUGAGGGGCAGAGGAGGAAUUCUGUAACUUUUCCGAUGAAAUAUGUAGGCAAGUCAGUUCUUAGAGGAGGAAGAGCGUCUCUGCAACAUGCUAGCGAAUCCCCAACCCGCGGUGUAGUAACCCACAAACCGUACCACACUGCAUUGGGGCACCCUGAUUUGACGUGGUAUCUCGGUCUGGAUCCGGAUAUAAAACUGGAUGAUCUGGAUAUCGUGCAAAGUGGACAGCCUGAAACAGUUGAGGUACCGCGUUGGCGAGAAAUGAAUCACACCAGUUCCUACACAUUGGAAGGAACGGAAAAUGUUACUGAAAAGAUGUUUGAGAAAAGACACUCAAAACUUGAGGCGGAAGAAAGGCGGCAAUUAAGGUGGCACAUGCGACGCAUACGGGAGCAGCGGCAUAUGGAAAAGCUUAGACAGCGUCACCGAGACUCAUGGUCUAACUGUUCCACAGUUUCCACUCCUUCUGUGUACACAGUAUGGCCUAGGCCACAACGGGAUAUCACCGACCUACACAUCACCUAUACCUUACCCGUCACAGCUUUUGGGGAAAUAGUACCAGAGCUGUCAAGUUGUCUCUUCAUGCUGCCUUGGGUGCGCACUUCGAGCUAUUUAAAACGACAUCGAUCGAAAACGCUUCAAUGAUAUUAACUGAAACUACUUAGUUAAUAUCAUUGGAACUCCCAAAUACUUGGACUUCUGGGUAGACGAUCGACAUUGUUACCUUAUUCAUAUAAGGUCAGCUUUGGUUUGCGUACUUGUAAUACGCUAACGUUAAACCUUCUUUAACCGAUCCGUCUACCCAAUAGUGCUUUUUAUUUUCAUACUAUUGUUAUGCUUCCUCUUAAGGAUUAUUAUAUUUUUAUAAGUUUUAAGUUGCAUUUUUUUAGUUGGUUUUGCCACACACUCAUAAUACCUGUGCUUAAAUAAAAAUCCAAUUUAAACAGAUGGUUUAAAGCGCCGCUGUAUUCGCAAUGAACUCUUCAGAAUCCUGUGGCUGAUGUGAUAAUAUUAUGUUACCGUGGGAAGAAUUUAAACCCUGUCAGCGAUCAGAUUAGAUCUGCAUUAUGGAAUACGAAAUUCUAUUGUAUAAAAAUACCCAUUUUUGAUUCUUACUUUGUCAUGAAUUCAUGUAAUAUAAACACGUAGAUUGGAUUUUAAAACAAUUCCAUCAACUAGUUACUGUGCAUAAUAAAUAUAUGCAUAUUAUAUUAAAUAGACUAAUCAUGGAAACAUUCUUAAAAUAUUAAGUAUAUUAAUCUAUAACGUAUAAGUAUCUCUAUAAGUUAUGUAAUAAGUAUUUACUUUAAAUAUUUUAUAAUUGAUUUCAUAGUGAGUUGCCAUAUUUAUUGGUAAGGUCUGCAAUAUUUUUUAAUUGUUCGCCUCUAUGCUCUAAAUGAAACUUUUAAUGUGGAAUAAAUAGAAAAGAAAUUAUAAUAAGAUCUUCAGUUCCUUAAUAUGUUACGUUAAGCUUAUAACUUCAUAUAUUCGUCAUUAAUGUACUUUCAGUAGAAAUAAUUUAGUAGACUUAAAAUAAAUAUGUAAAAAAAAUAUAUAAAAAAAGAACGCUUUUGUCUAGUCAAUAUCUAAUUUUAAAUUCUAAAAGUGUAGAGGUAUAUUGAUAGAGUUUUCCUAACAGUCAUUAUCAUUUGAGAAACAUUGUAACUAACAUUUAAUUUAUUGAUUCAUUUGUAUUCACAUGUAAAUAUGCAAGCCGUUUAAGGAAUUAAAAAAAAAAAUAGAAAAUUCAACAAAUGCUUUAUUCCACUUAAAGUAAAUGUAAAUAAACAAAUUAAUCCAUCUUUAGAGUUCUUAAAUUAUGUAGGGUCAAGGUUCAUGAUAAUCAGAAAUUUGUAUAGUUAGUUGAUAAGGGAAAGUGUAAGAGACAUGACGCCUUAGGGCUUUGAAGUUAAACUUCAUGUCGAUAAAAAUGUUUUAUUGGCGUCUAGUUACUACAUUAUUAUAUUCCAUAAUUAAAACGAUAAAUGAGCCUAUAUGAGAAAUAUAAUUGUAUUCGAUGAAAUCAUGAACUACCGUUGACUAUCUAAGAAACCGCCAGGAAAUAAACGCGUUAUGGGUUCGUUGUUCUUUAGUUUCGAAAAUUAUUUCAAUGAAAGCUGCAGUGUCAGCACAAAAUAAUACAUGCAUAAAAUAUGUUAUUUAUUAUACAUAAUAUAUUAUGCUAUUGAAUUAUGAACUUCUUAACAAAAUCACUAAAAAAUCAUGUGCACUUUUGAAAAUUACAUUUAUAAAUUCGUAGAUAUUUACUUACCUAUGAGAUGUAUAAAACUUGAAUGAGAUUUGACAAAAAGUUAAAUUGACGAUUAUUGGUAUCAUGUGAUAUCAUAAUCUUUAUCUACACCCAUGCUUUAAAUCCUCUAUUAAAGAUUCUGAAACAGUUAACUUAUUACCAACAUUAAAACACCCAAUGUCGUAAUAACCAUUACAUCAUCCAAACGAGUGUUGUAUUGUUGUACUGAAUUUCAUAACAACACUCCUUGAUUUUUUUUUUCGAUUCCUUCAUGCACAAAGAGUUUCAGCAAACAGCCACAUUCUUAUUGCUCGAUGCGUGGUAUCUGUAUGAAUUUCAAAAAAAGAACAUUUUCGUUUACGCGCGUUCCACACUACCAGAACAUGGCGCGCCGUAAAAAAAAGUAGGUUUUUCGAAACCCCGACAUUUUUCUUGAAAAAAUGAGCGAUUCAAGUUUUGACAGCACACCUCUGGAUAUUUUUAAACACGGCAAAAUAACAUAAUAUUCAAGUGAAUUUUAAUAAUUGCACUAUACAAAAUGUAAAUUACUACUAAAAUUAAUAAUGCUUUCAUUAAUACUUAGUUUAUUUGUAUAUAAUCAGUAAGGGAUGAUAUUAUGUUACUACUAGGGCUGGCUGUUUUAAUGUUAGCAGUAAGCUAACUGUUUCAGAAUCUUUUAGAGGAUUCAUAUUCUGGAUAAAGUCUUGUAUGCAACUGUUGAUAAUUAGGUAUUAAAACACUCAUGUGAUAAACCCACAUUCGUGUUUUAAUACCCCUUAUUACACAACAGUUGCAAAAAUAACUAUUACAACAUACCUACAUAACACUUUUAAACAAGUCGUUCUACGCUAUAGUUAUGAGAUGUAAAGUAAACUUUUAUGCUUAUGCUGUUAUUAUGUUUUUUAUUACAAUUAUUUAGAAAUGAUGCAAAUUUAUUUAUUUGAUUUCAUCGACUGUGAAAGAAUUCAUGUCUUUUAAAAUUUGGUAAUAUUGCGGCUUAUGCGUUGUCAUAUUAUUUAACUAAGUUAACUUCGUGGAUGAUUUCAUUCAUACCAUUUUUUAUUUUGAAAGGUUACGAGGGACAGUGCAUUGUGUUGUUUAUCUUAGUGCGGAUGCGCUCUUUAAAGUACAGUGCGGUCGCAAAGCUAAAUGAAUGCGAGACGGUUAUACAACUGUAGGCAUGAAUAAACUGUAUGAAUCCGUUAUUCCAAAAAAUUGCGGGCAAGAGAGAUAGCAAGCGGUGGGGCUGGGCCCAUAGAGAAAGCCGUCUGUAUUACUAACACACUUGUCCUGCGAAUUAGUCCUGCUAAAGUAAACAAUGGUAUCUAUAUUGUAUGACAAGUAGUUCCGAGUCAACUUUUGUUGCAAAUUAUAUGUUAAACAUAAAUAUAUUAUACAUUGUACACUAGUUUACAUGUUGGUCAUUAAGGUCGAGGUGGUAUUAUGCGCGCGAGUUUAAAACGCGCGCAUCAUGCAUUUGUGAUAAAAGGACCGAGUGACACAGAAAACUAAUAAAUUUUUAAUUUCGCGUGACUAUUCAUUUUCUUGAUUAUAACCGCAGUAUACCUCUUCUUAAGUAAAAUUUUUAUAAAUAUCACGAUUAAUUUUAGUACUUAUUUUUCAUUAUACGUAUGUACUUGCGGGAUAGCUUCUAACUCAAAUAACCGCACUAGUGCGAUAUUGUAAAAUAAAAAGCUGUCGUUUGUUAAAUUAUUAUUAUUUAUAAUGUUAGGUGUGAUGUAACAAGCCUUGCAUUUUAUUGCUUUAAGUACUUAAAGCCUUUUUAAAUAUAUUUGUAUAUUUUUGGUGUUAUGAUUAGAAAUGUUUCUAUUAGAUCCAAAAUCUUAAAUUUUAUGAAUUGUAGACAUAACUUUACUACACUCGGACGCACUCCACUGUGACCAGUGCCACUAACGAUUCGAAAUAUCUACGAUAUACAUAUAUAUAAAUUAUCGUAUUAUGAUCACAAUUGUAUGGUAUAGACUAUAGAGGAUUUAAUCUACAAAUAGAAGAUGUGUGCAUUUAUUCGUCAUAAUGAUAGUUUGAUUAUAUUUCAAUGUUGCUCGUAUGUAAGCUAAAUUGUUGCAGUUACUGCUCUUUUCAGAUCUCAUUAGUAGUUUGACAUAAUAAUGUGGAUAGAUUUAGUAUAAUAUUAUUAGUACAUUCUAGCUGUGGUUUCACACUGUCAAAUAAAAUAAAUAUCUACACAAUUAAAAAGUGUCUACAUUGCUAAUUUAGUAACUCGAUGUCUGUCAGUAAUUGAAGUAGUUAAUAAUAAGUACUUGUUACAUUUAAAGUGAUAUUGCUAUGAAAUCAUGUUAGUUGUUUUAAUGAUAUAUAUAAAAGCUGUGAACACAGAUGUAUUUUUUUUUUAUAUUAUUUCUAACACAUUAUUUAGAUAUACUUUAUUAUGAACGUGUUACAAGAAGGGUACGUUACCAACAUUUGUCAACUGAAUCGCUUGUUGCUUUGAACAGUAUAAAUAUUAUAUAUGCUUGGAUAGAUGUUGACAUCAACCUUCAAAAAUAUAAGCCACAGUAUACACAAUGUUAACGUACCGUAAUACGUGCUACGUAAUCUUAAGUUUAAAAAAUUGUAAACAUUUUUUUCGUUGAUUACUAUUCUAUUAUGUGAUAUAUAUAUAUAUAUAUGUAUACUUCAGAAUAAGUUAAUCAUGCGAUAUUAAAGGUGUUUAUUUCUA